GAAAGCGUCAAAAUGGCUGACGCUGUGGACUGAAAUAUUUUUUUCUUGUUAUUUUGUUUGUAAAUAAAGUUUAAUUGAGUCGAUUGUUCGAUGAAGGUAACCUGAGUGUAGGAAAGCUGUUUGCUCACAAUCGGAGAAAGGAUGGCAGGUGAAGUUGAAACCAGUAUCCCGACCCUCUACGAGAGGGAGACACUCAUGAGAGAUGUCCGUCCAAAGUACACCGGCUUCACCCCUCGCCCUGUGGAGCGACUUGCAACGAGAAGACGGCCGCACACAAUGCUGGACAUUGAGUGUCGACACGUCCUACGAUCAGAACAAACACAAUCAGCUCAUCUUUACAAACCUAUGGAAUACAUGCUUUGGUUGGAGGCUGCUAAACAUACAGCUCCAACACCAGAAAGACCAGACCCGGACUAUAAUAGCAAUGUUUGGCGUAACUUUCGAAAAUCUUAUGGUUUCUCUAAAAGUGCGGAUGAUAGGACAGUCACUGAAAUGAUUGCCACAAUGUACCCAUUGAACAUUCCAAAACCUUCCAUUGUCGGUGAUCAUACUUUUGAUAAAUAUGUCAACGAGUCUAAGCUGUUUGAUGAUGACAAGAAGAAGAAAUUGGCGAUACAGCGCUCCAAGACGGAUAUUGAGGAAUUCAGGAGGCUGAGGUUAAGGACAGAGGCAAGAAAUCCACCUAUGGACGAAGAUGGGAACAUUCUACCGCCAAAGAACUUCAAGAAAUACAUCCAUCGCUUUAUCCCACCAGAUAACGAAGAGCCCCCACUUGAAGAAAUCCCAAGCGAUCUCAAACCUGAUAUGUUCGGCAACUUUAGGAAAGUCAAAACGAAACCCAUCUUGUGGAAGUUGGGUUAUAACUUGAAUAAUCCAGAGUUUAUGCAAGUCCAAGAUGAGAUUCAAAAAAGGAGGGCCCAACCCCGACAGUUCCCACCUGUGUUGGCGGUGAAGAAACCCCCGACCUGGAAAUAUGUUUAGAUUUAAAGUGUUAGGCCUAUUCCACUGGGUGUGACAGCAAAACUUGGACAAUCUCAGAACCCCAGUGUCGUUUGUUACUGAUAUAGUCUGUUGUGAUCUCUCCAUGUAGCUCAGGUAACUCUGCAUUAGGUAAUACUCACACUUACCACAAGCCUGUGUUUGAGAAGGCCGGUGCCAGACUGAAGGUUGGAAUGGCACCUGAGUGGUUUUACAGUAGUCUGAUUUUGUGGCAUAUGCUGGCUGUAUCAAUCAGUGAAUACACUGUGUUUGUCCAAUAAUAGUUUACAAUUUUCAAAACCUAACUUUGACAAACUAUAAUCAUAUGUGAUGUGAAAUCAUUGAAUAUCAAAUUGUUUGUCAUCUGUGAUAGGUGAACAUAUAAGAGAGAAAGUCUUUUUGGACUGUGGUAGUCUGUUUGAAGAUAAAUCAUGUGUUACAAUGUGUGUGUAUAGUCGUAUUGUUCUGCAAUGCAACCAGAUUAGUGUAUACUCAAUGAUUGAAUAUUUUUAUAAUUCUUCUUUUUACGUGAUAUUGAUCUUACAGAGAUUAUUUAGGAGUGAUAGUGAUUAUGCUCGAAUGGUUAAAAUUGUAUUACGGUAUGUAGUUCUUGUUCAUCAGUACCUGUAUAUCUUUAUCUCUCACUCUGUUGUUGUGCAUAAAUUGAUUCAGUUAAUGGGUUUGAUUCAAGACCUGCUUCGUCUAGGAAACACUAGCACCACCAAUACAUGAUUUGCACAGCAGUGCUUCUCGAACCCAUCUCAAUGUCUCUAUUGUAACUAGUGUAUUCACGAUUGCCAAAACCUUGUCAAAAUGUACAUGCUCUUAACAAUAAAUGCUUCAUUGUUUAACAGAUAAAA